AUGUCGACCACGACGUUCGCCCCUCCCCUCGCGAUAUCCUCCGCACGCCGCGCGUCGCGCGCGCGCUUCGCGUCGUCGUCGCGUCAUCUCGCCGCGCGCGCGAGCGCGGCGCCCGAGAUCGAGCCCCCGCGCCCGGCGCACGCGUCGUCGUCCACGACACGUCGCUCCUUCUUCGGCGCCGCGCUCGCGGCGACGCUGUCGACGUUCUUCGUCGACGCCGCGUCCGCGGCUUCCUCCGCGACGACGACGUCGUCGUCCGAGGCCGCCGCGGAGGCGGUCGCCGCGCGCGCCGUCGGCGGCGGCGGCGGCGUCGAGCUGUUCGCCGUCGCGGAGGCCGCGCCCGGGACGGAGAUUUACUUCGGAAACGGGUGCUUCUGGGGCCGACAGCACGAGUUCGUGGAGGCGGAGCGUCGACGCGGCCGAAGCGACGCGGAGGUCACCUCCCUCGUCGGAUACGCGGGCGGGUACUCCACGAAAGGUCCGGACGGGAAGGUGUGCUACUACUACGGCGCCCCCGACACGGUGUACGAGCGACUCGGCCACGGCGAGGUCGUCCGGACGAGGCUCAGCGACGACGGCGACGCCGCCGUGGAGGACCUGCGCGAGUUCGCAAAGACGUACUUCGCCAACUUCCGCAAGAUUCGCGGGUUCGGCAUGCAGCGCCUGGACCCGCAAGACGCGGGACCGGGGUACCGCAACAUGAUCGGCCUCCCCGGCGGCGCGGACUCGCCGCUGAUGCGAGUCAUCGAAGAAGAGAACGUCAACGGGAUGAAGCUCGUGCGAGGCGAUGGGAACAAGAUGUCCGGGAAAGACGCGAGCGAGGACGACGUCUUCAACGCGGUUUGGAUCUACGACUCCGCCGCGCUGCCGUUUUACCGAGCCGAGGUGUAUCACCAGUUCCACGACGGCUUGGGCUACAAGUUCCCGGAGGAGUACACCGUCGGGUUGAAGAAAGACGCGCUGAAGCGAGGGCUGAUCGCGCCGACGGGGUGCCCGGAGAUGCUUGAGAGAGCGUUCGCGGAGUUUGAUCAGAUCGCGUCGUGAAUAAAGAAGGACGGAGGAGCGAGCGAGCGAGCGAACCUGAGGUGCGUUCUAUCUCACACUGGUCCCCAUACGACCGCGUUGGCGAUGUGGACGCCGAUCCUUAAGGACUUUGCCCGUCGCAUCUCUCCGAGCGGCGGAGGGUCGAUCGAUCGAUCGGUUCGCGCCUACGGGCGAGCGAACGCCGAAAACGCGGAGGCGUCGUCGGUCGGCGGAUAGCACGCCGCGUUUACAUUCGAUCGUUCGUUGCUAC